AUUAUUGAAUGGUUUGAAUCAAUCUUGCUAGUAUCUCUAAGUGGUGUUUUAGAAUCUGUAGCCUUAACAAAGACAGCUAGGGUUUCAGCUUAAUUUUCCUUAAAUGCAAUGUUUCAAUACAGCUGCUAGCAUUUGGACUGCAUAUAUGCCUGAGUUUAGUCCCCCUGAAACUGUGUCAGCCUCGGCAAUGUAUAUUUAAUGAGGAAGAUUACCAAACAUUUCACUCAGAAGCAGGGAGGAGGUGUGUACAUGGCUGUCAGUCUGCCAACCAUACCUGGAUCGUCAGUUGGAGAUCCGGGUCCAUCAGAUCUUUUACACUGCAGGACGUCAGUCAUGACUACUCUGAGGGUUACCAUGGUUACAAUAACGUGUUUCACUAUGGUUGCCGUCUUGUUGACAACUGUCAUGGCUGUUCCGGCUCAAGGGAGUCAGAACAGUAAUGACCAGGCCCUGGAACCUGGACAAGAUGCACAAGGUAAAAAGAUGGUUCAAGGUCCAUAUUACCAGGAAGAAGGUCACUCUUCAAGGUCACUGAUCAAAUAAAACAAACUCAGCAA